UGGCGGCGCGCUAGGCCGCGCGCUCUCGCCAUGCACUCGGACGACGUGGUGUGGAGCACGCUCGGGAACCGGCAGUUCUGCUCCUACAAGAUCAAGACCAAAACACAGAACUUCUGCCGCAAUGAGUACAACAUCACGGGCCUGUGCAACCGCUCGUCCUGCCCGCUGGCCAACAGCCAGUACGCCACGGUGCGCGAGGAGAAGGGCCGCUGCUACCUGUACAUGAAGACCAUCGAGCGGGCGGCGUUUCCCCGGCGCCUCUGGGAGCGGGUGCUGCUGAGCAGGAACUACGAGAAGGCGCUGGAGGAGAUAGACGAGAAUCUCAUCUACUGGCCGCGCUUCAUCCGGCACAAGUGCAAGCAGCGCUUCACCAAGAUCACGCAGUACCUCAUCCGCAUCCGCAAGCUGACGCUCAAGCGACAGAGGAAGCUGGUUCCUUUGAGCAGGAAGAUUGAACGGCGGGAGAAGAGGAGAGAGGAGAAAGCCCUGAUAGCUGCUCAGCUGGAUAACGCCAUCGAAAAGGAAUUGCUGGAGAGACUGAAACAGGCGACCUACGGAGACAUCUACAACUUCCCCAUCCACGCUUUCGACAAAGCUCUGCAGCAGCAGGACGCGGAGAGCGACUCCGAUGUGGAGAAGGAGGAAGAGGAGGAAGACGAGGACGCAGAUAAGAGAGAGUUUGUGGAAGCCGAUGACAGCGAGCUCAGUGAUUUUGAGGAUAUGGAUAAGUUGGAGACAAGCAGUGAGGAAGAGCAGGAAGACAAGUCCUCAAGUGAGGAAGAGGAGGAAGAAAGAGAGAAGAAAGCCGCUCGCUCCAAAUCCAAAGGAAAAACUCCCCUGAAAGGUCCAGUCAGGAAAAAACGACCCUACAUUGAAAUAGAGUAUGAAGAAGAAACAGAGCCAGCUGCUAAAACGAAAACCACCUGACUCUUGCCUGGACUUGCAUUUUGUAGUGAAUGACAGGACUCCAGAUCUGUCACUAAAACUACUCCAGCUUCCCCCAUCUGAGCAGGGCCCUCAAAAAAAAACCUACCCCCACUGGAUUCAUAAUUUUCUUUAUCCAAGAUGAGCAGAAUUUCUGUCCCAGCCCCGGAAAACUGUAGUGAGUUUGUGCAGCUGCUGCCUGAAGUGCAGUGCAAUGAAGAUGACCACCCAGCUUUGUGGCAGCUACACUAGGCUGAGCCCAGAGCGCUCCAGAAGGAGCCCGGACAGGGGACACCAGGACUUUAUUCUAUCGCUGGGAAGGCCUGGGU